CAGGCCGCCAGAACACCAAAGGAAGAAGAAGAAGUCUUACAAUAGAAGAAGAAAAGCAACUCAAGGACAGCUCAGAAUCAAAUUUACCAAAGUACAGAAACGUAUUUCCAAUUUGAUAUUUCCACACUUUAAGUAAAAAUAAGAAGAAGUCUCGCGUUCGUUCAGAAGUGGUGGCAAUCGUGAAUGUAAUGGCGGGACAGGGUGGAAUUGCUCUCCAGCUUUAUGUCAGAAGGUUGCUCAGCAGGGAGAAGAAAAAGCCUGUCCUCAAACCCAACAAACCUCUCAUCCUCCGCGAUUCUGUAGCCAACCGCAAACCCAAGAAAGAAGAGGCCACCUGUAUCACAGAAUUAUCUAUCAUGAUGGCGUGUUGGAAGCAGAACACCUUUGUGGACCAGCUGUGCUCCAAGGAGAUUUCUGACUUCUACACAUGUGUGAAGAAGGCUCAGGCUGCAAAGAAGAAGGAAUCAGAACAGACAGAUGUUCCUGGAGGACCCAAGCAUAUCAACAGACUUUUAAAGAGAUAUCCAAAUAUAGUUAAGGAGAUCUAGGAACCCAAUGUUGUUUUGUUUCUUGAAUUACAUCAAAAAUAAGACACACUUUGUAAAAUUGAUACAACUGUCUUGCCAACUGGUCCCAGAUCCUCAAGAUAAAUUACAAGCUACUCCUGUCAUCCUGGACUGGUCCUUCAAUUUCCCCCCCCCAGAAUCAUCGGUGAAGUCAAAUCUUGCAUGACGUUCCAGAGCAAGGGCAAGUGACUUACCUGGUCUUUUUUCAUUCUCUGAAUCAACAAUCUUCUUUUUGAUGGUAUUUUAGUCCAAUCCAGUCCUGUGCAGCAGGUCCCCAAUCUUGUCCCUCAGGUCCUUUGCUGCUCUUGGGUCUUGUCUAUGUUGUUGGGGAGGUUUGAAUGAAGCGACUAUGUGAUGGAUGAAUUGAGUAAAAGGGCACAACUUAUUUGAGCGCUUCACAGACACAUAGCUGGUUUGUGGGGGGAGAAACAUCAAAUACACAUCAAAUGUUGCUGUAUUUUAUUUUUUUUUUACAACUCUCCCUCUUUAAAUUAAAAAUAAAAUAUAAUUUCAAUAACAUACAAAACAAUUCACGUUUUCACUGCUGAAUGUUUAUGUUUGUAUGUAUCUUUCCCGAGGCCAGAAUCUACUCUACUUGAAUUGAGUACUGUACAGUACUGCUACUGUACAGUGUUAAGGUAUAUAAAAUUAUUCUCAACACACAA